AUGAUGCCCUUUCGCACAGUGCCUCUACUGGCCGCAAUACUCAGUCUACUCCCGGGCAGCAUCGCAACUAAAGAACACCACACACUGCCCUGUUCUGCGGCAACUUUCAAGUCGCUAUCUUUGGAAAAUAUCAAAAUUGAGUCAUUCGAUGUUACUGCACAUCAUGGCUUUUCAACCAGUGGUCGUAAUGCCACUGGGGGAGUGGGUGUAAUUCCUGACCUUCCGAACGUCGAGGCUCCCACUGUCGAUAUAUGCCUGAUCUCUUUAACCUACACACACCCGGGACAACACGAUAUCAUAAACACAUACAUUGGUCUUCCUCUCAAUGCGAAUAGCUGGAACUCACGAUUCCUGAUGCAUGGCGGAGGGGCAUACUAUGCUGGUGGGCAAAGCAGCAUUCUCACCCCAGUUUUAUUAGGCUACGCAUCUUCCUCUACGGACGGAGGUCAUGGAACUAGCGCUUCUACUGCAGACUGGGGCCUUACAGGUCAUGGAAAAAUCAACUGGCCAGCGCUUCGUGACUUUUCAAGCGUUGCUAUAUCCGAAGCAGCAGUCCUCGGGAAAAUGGCGACAAAAUUAUACUAUGGCACCAAGGCCAAAUAUUCCUAUUGGCAUGGAUGCUCUACUGGUGGUCGCCAGGGACAUGCGAUGGCCCAAGAGAACCCUGAACUAUUUGACGGAAUUGUUGCUGGUGCCUCAGCAAUCAACUGGGAUAGAUUUGCAGCGGCGGGUAUUUGGGGGCCUUUUCUUGCACAGCUUCUUGAUACACAGCCGCCAUUGUGUGUUGUUGAAGCGUUCACAAAGGCUGCAAUCGCCGAGUGCGACGAACUCGACGGUGUCACCGAUGGCAUAAUUGCAUACCCAGGUCAAUGCCACUUCAAGGCAUCUUCCCUCAUUGGACAAAAGGUGAACUGCACUGAUCCAAGUGGAACAGUCACCAUAACCAAGGAGAUGGCGGACUUGAUUGCUGCUGUGUGGCAGGGGCCACGCUCAACGGAUGGUCGAUCGCUAUGGUACGGGUUUGACUACGAUUCUAGUCUUGAGGCAAUGAUCGGAACAAGUUGUAGUUCAAUCGAAAACUGCACAAUAAUCCCUUUCAGUGUCUCCGAGGACUGGGUAAAUACCUUUGUUGUCCGCAAACCCUCGUUUAGUGUCGAAGGCCUCACUCACCAAGGAUACGACUCGAUUUUCCGUCAGUCCGUCAAUCAGUAUACCACCGUCAUCGGCACCUCAAAUCCAGAUCUUUCCAAGAUGAGAAAGAACGGAACAAAAAUGCUUGCUUGGCAUGGCAUGGCGGACCAGUUGGUUCCAACCAAUGGCUCUGUUGACUACUAUGAGCGCGUGACAAACCUCGAUGCUAACGUUGCAGACUACUACCGUCUCUUCCUGGCACCGGGGGUGACCCAUUGCGGAUUCGGGGCUGGGUUCGAUCCAGCUGAAACGGUAUUUGACACUAUGAGAGCUUGGGUUGAGAAUGGUACGGUCCCAGAUCGAUUGGAAGGUUUGGCUGUGGCCGUUGGGAAUACUUCCGCCACUCGUUCGGGGUACUUGUGUCCCUAUCCGCAAGUGUUCACCUACAUUGGUGGGGAUGUAAAUGAUGCCUCCUCAUUUGAUUGUGUCUGA